CCACUAUGGCCGUGCGGACGCCUGGGGGCGGGGUAAUACCUGAGCGGCUGUAAUGAUUGGCCGAGGUGGCGCCCGUUCCCCCCAACCCCGCGCCUCCCACCCGCGGGUGUGACCCGGGAUGAAGCUGGGGUAGGGACUAGGGCGCAAGUACUACGGCGGCCUGUGAACUGAGCUAGCGAUUUAAUUAAUUGCCUAGCUAUCAGUGAUGAAGAUGUGAUGUGUUGGAAUAACUGCUGAAACUGCCUUUUAUUGACUAAAGACCGUCCGUUUGUUGCAUUUAUUUUUGCUUUCCCUACCACUUUGAGCUUUACUGUAACGGCUGACAAAUCUGGAAAAUAAAAUGAACAUACUGUGGUCUUGAAUAUAAUUUUUUGAGAAAAAUAUUAAAGUGCCAGAGUGAAAACCAGAAUGGCAUCCAGAGAGAGGCUCUUUGAACUUUGGAUGCUUUAUUGUACAAAGAAAGAUCCAGAUUACCUGAAGCUGUGGUUGGACAAUUUUGUUUCUAGCUACGAACAAUUUUUAGAUGUUGAUUUUGAAAAACUGCCUACCAGGGUAGAUGAUGUGCCUCCAGGAAUAUCUCUACUUCCUGAUAAUAUUCUGCAAGUUCUGAGGAUUCAGCUACUACAGUGUGUUCAGAAAGUGGCUGAUGGGUUGGAGGAACAACAACAAGCCUUGUCAAUUUUGCUUGUGAAGUUCUUUAUUAUUCUUUGCAGAAAUCUAUCAAAUGUGGAAGAAAUUGGAACAUGCUCAUAUAUUAAUCAUGUCAUCACCAUGACAACACUCUAUAUUCAGCAAUUAAAAAGCAAGAAAAAAGAGAAGGAAAUGGCAGAUGAGACAGCUGUUGAAGAAUUUGUGAUCCAUGCAUUAGCAUUUUGUGAAAGUUUAUAUGAUCCAUAUAGGAAUUGGAGACACAGAAUUUCAGGACGAACCCUUAGUUCUGUGGAAAAGAGCAGACAGAAACAUAAACCAGCUUCUCUCACUGUGGAAUUUGUUCCUUUUUUUUACCAAUGUUUUCAGGAAAGUGAACAUCUCAAGGAAAGCCUUAAGUGUUGUUUAUUGCACCUCUUCGGAGCCAUUGUAGCUGGUGGGCAGAGGAACGCUUUGCAAGCAAUUUCUCCAGCCACCAUGGAAGUUCUUAUGCGAGUUUUGGCAGAUUGUGAUUCCUGGGAGGAUGGAGAUCUUGAAGAAGUGGUUAGGAAGGUAGAACUCACCCUGCAGUGCCUUACAGAAGUGGUGCAUGUACUUCUUACUAGCAGUUCUGAUCAGCGACAAGUGGAAACCAGUACUAUUCUGGAGAACUAUUUCAAAUUGCUCAAUUCAGAUCAUUCAGCUCUACCUAAUCAAAGGAGGUCCAGACAGUGGGAAAGCCGAUUCAUAGCUCUACAGAUCAAAAUGCUAAAUACCAUCACAGCUAUGCUAGACUGCACAGAUAGACCUGUUCUGCAGGCCAUUUUUCUUAACAGUAAUUGCUUCGAACAUCUCAUAAGACUGCUACAGAACUGCAAGCUAUUUUUAAAUGCUAACAAUAAGGUGACAGACAAGAGCGAGAAAGACCUUGCCAACAAAUUACUGACAGAAAUGAAUGAGGACCAGGCAUUUCAGGAACAGUUGGAUUGUUUGGCUGUAUCAACCAUUAAGGCUUUGACUGCAGUGAUGAACAAAUCUCCAGCUGCCAAGGAAGUAUUUAAAGAAAGAAUUGGUUACACACACAUGUUUGAAGUAUUAAAGUCUCUGGGUCAGCCUCCCUUGGAACUACUUAAAGAACUCAUGAAUAUGGCUGUAGAGGGUGAUCACACUUCAGUUGGGAUUUUGGGCAUUAGUAAUGUCCAGCCUCUCUUGCUUCUUAUCCAGUGGCUUCCAGAGCUAGAAUCUCAUGACCUGCAAAUCUUCAUCUCUGAUUGGCUAAAAAGAAUUUGUUGUAUUAAUAGGCAGAGUCGAAUUACUUGUGUCAAUGCAAACAUGGGAAUUAAAAUCAUUGAAACCCUUGAUUCACAUUCUUCACUCCAUCGAACUUGUGCUGAGAAUUUGAUUGCAAUUCAUGGUUCCUUAGGGAGUCAGUCAGUGAGCUUCGAAGAAGUCCGUCGACUGCUAAGGUUGCUAAGAGUAGAUGAAUAUAAGGUUAUUCAUCCUUAUACCCCUCCUGUGACUCGAGCAAUCCUAAUGAUGGCCCGAAAACUGAGUCUUGAAAGUGCGUUGCAGUAUUUUAAUUUAUCACAUAGUAUGGCAGGAAUUUCUGUGCCUUCUAUACAGAAAUGGCCAGGGUCUGCCUUUUCUUUCAGUGCUUGGUUUUGCUUAGAUCAGGAUCAGUUGACUGUCGGCAUUGCUAACAAAGGAGGAAAAAGAAAACAGUUGUACAGCUUUUUUACAGGAAGUGGCAUAGGUUUUGAAGCUUUUAUUACCCAUUCAGGUAUGUUGGUUGUGGCAGUAUGCACAAAAAGAGAAUAUGCAACGGUUAUGCUUCCUGAUCACUGUUUUUGUGAUUCCCUCUGGCACAACAUAACUAUUGUUCACAUCCCUGGAAAAAGGCCUUUUGGUCAGAGUUUUGUGUCUAUCUAUGACAAUGGACAGCCAAAGGUCUCUGCCCCGCUCCGAUUUCCUGCCAUGAAUGAACCUUUCACUUCCUGUUGCAUUGGUUCUGCUGGGCAGAGAACCACCACUCCCCCACCAUCCCAGAUCCCAGAUCCACCUUUCUCUUCUCCCAUUACCCCUCAUCGGACAUCAUUCGGUGGGAUUCUGUCAUCAGCCUCCUGGGGAGGACCAGUUGAGAAAUCAAAAUCAGUUACUAAAUUGAUAUCAGCUGGCACCCAAGACAGUGAGUGGGGGUGCCCCACAUCCCUGGAGGGUCAGCUGGGGUCUGUUAUUAUCUUCUGUGAAGCACUGCAGCCUUCUCAGGUGAAGGUAUUGUACUUAGCAGGUCCCAAUUGUUUAAGCCCUUGGAAAUGUCAAGAGUCAGACAUGGCUGACCUGCCUGGUAACAUCCUCCUUCACUACACAGCAAAGGCCUGCAAAAAUUCAAUCUGCCUUGAUUUAUCUACUAAUUGUUUGCAUGGAAGAUUAACAGGAAACAAAGUGGUAAACUGGGACAUUAAGGACAUCAUCAACUGCAUAGGUGGAUUGAAUGUACUCUUUCCUUUAUUGGAGCAAAUCAGCCACUUGAGUGAAGAGCAGAUUGCUGAAGGCAGGAGUGAAGGCACAGUUCCUGAAUCUGUUGGACCUGUGGAAGGAGACAGCAUGGCGCCAGCCUCCACAAAGGCAUCAGAAUCAAGACUGGAGAAAAAUCUAGUGGCUACAUUUAUCUUGAUUGUGAAACAUCUUAUUCAGAGGCACUCUAUCAACCAGGACAACCUCAUUCACUCCAAUGGAGUUGCAACUCUUGGCGUCUUGCUUCAGAAGGUACCAGGCUCCUUAAUGGAUGUGAAUGUAUUGGUGGCAGUUCAACUACUAAUUGAGCAGGUAUCCUUGGAGAAGAAUAUGCUGCUCCUGCAACAAAUGUACCAGUAUUUACUCUUUGACUUCCGUGUUUGGAAUCGUGGAGAUUUUCCUUUCCGAAUUGGUCAUAUACAGUAUCUUUCAACAAUCAUUAAAGAUAGUAGGAGAGUUUUCCGAAAGAAAUACGGCGUGCAGUUUCUCCUAGAUACGCUUAGGAUUUAUUAUGGGAGUGGAUGUAAAUAUAAUGAGUUAUCUCUAGAUGAUAUUCGAACAAUAAGAAAUUCUUUGUAUGGAUUAAUUAAGUAUUUUCUGUGUAAAGGGGGAACUCAUGAAGAGAUACAAAGUAUUAUGGGUUACAUAGCUGCUACAAAUGAAGAAGAACAGCUUUUUGGAAUUUUGGAUGUACUCUGUGUUCUCCUACGUACCAGCCCAACAAGAGGGCAACUUUUCUUACUGCUGUUUGAACCAGGAAAUGCUGACAUCCUUUAUGCCUUACUCUUAAAUCAGAAGUACUCUGAUAAACUACGGGAAAUUGUUUUUAAGGUUAUGGAACAGAUGUUGAAAUGCACAAAUGUUUAUGAACGUAGUAAACAGCGAAUUCGACUCAGAGAAGUUGGCUACUCAGGAUUGGGACUCCUCCUUAAUGAAGCAUCCAUUAACACUUCUCUCAUUAAAAACCUUACCAAUCAGAUCAUAAAUACAGACCCUGUUAUUAGUUUCAAAGAUCUGUUAUCUGUGAUAUAUAUAUCUUACAGAACACACAUAAAUGUCAAAGUGGCCCUCUGCAGAAAGAUUUUACACAUUGUACAGUCCCAACCAGAUGCAGCAUAUCAGAUAUCACAACAAGUGGGUUGGCAAGACACAUUGGUUAGACUUUUUUUAAAAGCAGGUUUUGAAAAUGGAAAUUCUCUUCAUAAGCAUAGUAGAGCUGCUUUAAUGAAAGAAAUCAAUAAGAAUACAUCAAUUGAAGAUACUAAGAGGAACUUCGAUGAAAAGACAGAAGAGGGAAAAAAUGACUUGUUCUUAUCAACUAAUGUCUCUUCCGAUCAGUGGAGUUGGGAAGAUAGACAAUCUCUGGACUCAAACAUGAUCUUAAUUCAAGAAGAUAGCUCUGUGGGAGAGUUGACUUUCCACUCUGAGAAUCAAGAACUCUUGGAGAGUAACCUGUCACGUUUGACUUUGGAUCUCAGUGGAGUGGACACUUGUGAACUGAGUGACAGUGGCAGCCACAUGCCAGACAGCCUACCUAGCACACCGUCCCCAGUGGAGACCAAGUCUUUUUCUGCUCCAUCUGACAAAGAAGGCAGCAUCAGUGAUAUGGGCUUUAGUGAUGACUUCUCUUUGCUUGAAAGCCAAGAGAGAUCUGAGGAGGAGCUUCUUCAGUUGCUGACAGAUAUUUUGAAUUAUGUAAUGUACAAGGGACUAGAAAAGUCUGAUGAUGAGUCUUGGAUUGAACGGGGACAAGUGUUUUCAGCACUAACGAAACCAGGAAUAUCCAGUGAGCUACUUAGACCAUCAGAUGAAAUAAAACUAACUUUGCUACAGAAGAUGUUAGAAUGGGCACUCACAGAAAACAGAGAGGCAAAACCGAAUCCCGUUUCUGCUGAAAAUGCCUUCCGACUCAUACUCAUCAUACAGGACUUCCUGCACUCAGAGGGAUUAGUUAAUUCAAACAUGUGGACUGAGAAGCUUUUAGAGGAUAUCAUGCUACUCUUCGAAUGUCUAUCAGUCUGCUAUUGUGAAAGUUCAGUGUGGGUAAAACUUUCUCAAAUUCAGAUCCAGUUGCUCCUAGGAUUCAUUGAAAGCGGCAAUUUGCAGGUUUGUGCAGUGGCAUCAGCCAGGCUGAAUACCCUUCUUCAGACCAAAGUGAUUGAAAGCCAGGAGGAAGCCUGCUACAUUUUAGGGAAACUGGAACAUGUUCUCAGUCAGUCAAUCAAAGAGCAGACUGAAACUUACUCAUUUCUGAUUCCCCUUGUCCGUACUCUGGUGUCCAAAAUUUAUGAACUUCUCUUCAUGAACUUGCACCUGCCUUCUUUACCUUUUUCCAAUGGUAGCUCCUCAUUUUUUGAAGAUUUUCAGGAAUAUUGCAGGUCACAUGAAUGGCAAGUUUACAUUGAAAAAUACAUUGUUCCUUAUAUGAAGCAAUAUGAAACUCAUACAUUUUAUGAUGGGCAUGAGAAUAUGGCCCUGUAUUGGAAGAAUUGUUAUGAAUCCUUAAUGGUGAACAUGCAUAAGCGAGACCGGGAAGGAGGGGAAAGCAAGCUCAAAUUUCAGGAGUUUUUUGUGGAACCGUUUAAUCGAAAAGCACGCCAAGAAAACUUGAGGUAUAAUAAUAUGUUGAAGCAGCUGAGCACUCAGCGACUAGCUGCUCUGAGACUCUGGAAGGCAGGACGGCUCUAUCUCACAAGUGAAAGGGGACCUUGGGCCAAGAGGAAACAAAAUCCAAUUCACUGGAAACUAGCUAAUGUAGAAAAUUAUUCCCGUAUGAGACUUAAACUGGUACAGAACUAUCAUUUCAAAACUCAUGAAGAAGCUAGUGCCUUGAGAGAUAAUCUGGGUCUCCAGCACUCACAGCCUUCCAGUGAUUCAUUGCUUUUAGAAGUAGCAAAACAAGUGAAGGUUAGUGACAUGGAGGAAGAUAAAUUAGAACUUUUUGAAGAGGACAUAACAGCCAGAGUAAAUACUAAUGAGAAAGAAGAACAGGAUCAAAAAGAAAAAUUGGUGUUGACAGAAGAUUGUGAACUUAUUACAAUAAUUGAUGUAAUUCCUGGCAAAUUAGAAAUCACUACUCAACACAUAUACUUCUAUGAUGGCAGCAUUGAAAAAGAAGAUGGAGUGGGCUUUGAUUUCAAGUGGCCACAUUCCCAAAUUCGAGAGAUUCACUUACGGCGUUACAACUUAAGGAGAUCAGCCCUUGAGAUUUUUCAUGUUGACCAGUCCAGCUACUUUCUCAAUUUCAAAAAAGAGGUUAGAAACAAAGUAUAUAGCCGACUAUCAUCACUUAAUUCUCCAAAUAGUUACGGGACAAGAUCACCACAGGAGUUAUUUAAGGCAUCAGGAUUGACACAGAAAUGGGUGAACAGAGAGAUAUCAAAUUUUGACUACCUCAUUCAACUGAAUACAAUGGCAGGACGAACCUAUAAUGACCUUGCACAAUAUCCUGUGUUUCCCUGGAUUUUACAAGAUUAUACCUCAGGAGAAUUGGACCUUAAUAACCCCACUGUAUUUCGAGAUCUCUCCAAACCAAUUGGGGUAGUUAAUGAUAAAAAUGCCAAAAUCAUGCGAGAAAAAUAUGAAAAUUUUGAGGAUCCAAUGGGAACAAUUGAUAAAUUCCAUUACGGUACUCACUAUUCAAAUUCUGCGGGUGUCAUGCACUAUCUUAUCCGUGUGGAGCCAUUCACCACCCUUCACAUCCAGCUGCAGAGUGGAAGAUUCGACUGUGCAGAUCGACAGUUCCAUUCCAUCCCCGCUACCUGGCAAGCUCUCAUGGAUAAUCCGUAUGAUGUGAAAGAACUUAUUCCUGAAUUCUUCUACUUCCCAGAGUUUUUGGAAAAUCAAAAUCAAUUUAACUUGGGUCGUCUGCAAGUUUCCAAAGAACUAGUAAAUGAUGUCGUUCUUCCUAAAUGGGCCAAAUCAGCUGAAGAUUUCAUCUACAAACAUAGGAAAGCUCUGGAGUCUGAAUAUGUUUCUGCUCACCUUCAUGAAUGGAUCGAUUUGAUUUUUGGCUAUAAACAGAGGGGACCGGCUGCAGUGGAGGCACUCAAUGUUUUCUAUUACUGUAGUUAUGAAGGAGCUGUAGAUCUGGAUGCUUUAACAGAUGAAAAGGAACGAAAAGCCUUAGAAGGGAUGAUUAAUAAUUUUGGGCAAACACCAUGUCAACUAUUAAAGGAGCCACACCCUCCCAGAUUAACAGCAGAGGAAGCGGUGCAGAAGCAGACCAAAGCGGACAGUUCAGCCCUAAACCUGUUUCAACACCUUCCUGAACUGAAGUCAUUUUUUAUAGAGGGAAUUAGUGAUGGUAUUCCACUGUUAAAGGUCAUUGUCCCCAAAAACCAGUCUCGUUCUUUUAUGUCGCAAGGCAGCCCUGAGUUACUGGUAACAAUAAGCAUGAACUAUGUUAUUGGAACCCAUGGAUGGCUGCCUUAUGACAGAAAUAUUUCUAAUUACUUUACAUUCAUCAAGGAUCAAAGUGUGACAAAUCCAAAAACUCAGCGUAGUAUGAAUGGUCCUUUUGCUCCAGGGCUGGAACUCACUUCUAAGCUGUUUGUGGUAUCGCAUGAUGCCAAGUUGCUCUUCAGUGCUGGACACUGGGAUAAUAGCAUUCAAGUGAUGUCACUCACAAAAGGAAAAGUUAUCUCAUACAACAUCAGACAUAUGGAUAUUGUGACUUGCUUAGCUACAGAUUACUGUGGGAUACAUUUGAUUUCUGGUUCCAGAGAUACUACGUGUAUGAUAUGGCAAAUAAUGCAACAGGGAGGCGUUCCUGUGGGCUUAGCAUCUAAACCUUUUCAGAUUCUUUAUGGCCACACUGAUGAGGUACUGAGUGUUGCCAUCAGCACUGAGCUCGACAUGGCAGCAUCAGGAUCAAGGGAUGGCACCGUGAUUAUACAUACCAUUAAGAAAGGUCAGUACAUGAGGACUUUACGACCACGUUGUGAGAGUUCUUUGCUCCUGACUAUUCCCAAUUUGGCCAUAUCUUGGGAAGGACACAUUGUCAUCUACUCGAGCACUGAAGAAAAGACCUCCCUCAAGGAUAAGAAUGCAUUACAUCUAUUUUCAAUAAAUGGCAAGUAUCUGGAGUCUCAAGUUCUGAAGGAACAAAUAUCAGAUAUGUGUGUAAUUGGAGAACACAUCGUCACAGGCAGUUUACAAGGGUUGCUAUGUAUAAGAGAUCUCCAUAGUUUGAAUGUCAGCAUUACAGCAUUAGACAUGCGAUUGCCAAUCCACUGCAUUUGUGUGACUAAGGAAUGCAGCCACAUUCUAGUAGGGUUAGAAGACGGCAAGUUGAUAGUAGUGGGUGUCGGCAAGCCAGCCGAGAUGCGUUCAGGUCAGCUUUCUCGAAAAUUGUGGGGCUCUAGCAAGCGACUCAGCCAGAUUUCAGCUGGAGAAACCGAAUAUAAUACUCAAGAUUCCAAGUGAUUAUUUCCAUCUGCUGUUGUGGAUAACUGAAACUUGAUUUAUUGCUUUGUCACUUUGACCACAUCUCUCAACUCUUCAAAACACUUUGAAGUUUUUUAUCUAUGAAAAACUCUUAGAGUUUGCCACAAUUUGGUAUAGUGUGUGUAAUUACGUAGGGUACAUAAUCUACCUUCAGCAAUUCUGGUAGUGUUAAUGAAUCCUUUCGUAUUAAACAAUUGUUGGUCUGUACUAAGAUGGAUUUCAUAAACUACAUUUGAUUUAAUUUGAUGGCCCAUACCUAAAAACCGUUAGACCCAUUCUUAAAAAUACUGUUCAAAAUGAAACUAGAUUCAAUUCACUUACUAUCCAAAGUAGCAAAAUUUAAGGUAUUUCUAGUAAAAGAGGCCAGGAAUAUAGCUCAGUGGCACAGUGCCUGCCUGGCAAGCACGAGGUCCUGAGUUUGAUUUGCAGGACCAAAAAAAGUGUACAGACAAUGGGCUGAGAAAUGUGGCUUUCUAAAUGUGCUUUAGAUAAUCAUUUUCCUUUUUCCUAACUACCACAUUAAAAAAUUAUUAAUCUCUUCAUUGGCGGUAAUAAUUUUUAAUGCAUCUGUUGCACAUUUCAAUUUUCAGUACUCAUGAAAAUAAUUCCAGGAGACAUGGUAAGAUUAAAAUAAAAAUAUUUAAACUGGUACAGUGAUUCAUUCCCCUACUGCUUAACAUGUUGUUGAUGAAAGUCUGAGUUGUAUUAUCUUAAAUAAUACAAGUUGAGUAGGAAAAAGAGAAGCUAAUGAUUCAUUUUAUGGAUAGUUAUCAUGAUAGUAUAUUUAAGCAAAAAUGCUAGUUAUUUUAACAGUGGUUAUUUUAAGUAUCACUUGUAGCAUAGUUUACAACUGCAACAUUCAAAAUUUCUUGGCUUUUUUCUUUGCUAAGCAAAUACUGUAUUUACUCUGAAAAUUUGAAAAAUUAACUUUACCCAAAUGUAUUGCUUUCUUACCUAGGAUAUCUGUGUGAUUGAUGGAUGAACUGAAAAGAUAUACCUAACUUAAAGUAAUCGUUUAGAUAAUUUAAUUUCUGGGGUUUUUUGUUUGGUUGAUUGGUUGGUCAGUUGGUUAUUUUGAGACAGGGUCUUACUUUGUACUCCAGGCUGGCCUUGAAGUCCUAACAGUCCUCCUGCCUCAGCCUCCUAAAUGCUCGGAUUAUAGAUGUGUACCAGUGCACCUGGCUGUAAAAGUAUUUUUUUUAAAAAAAAAACACUUCUAUUUCAUGUUAUGUACAACUUUUAGGAUUACAGUUAGUCUUAUAGGUAGCUAAGUAUUGUGUUAUGCUUCUUUAUUCAAGAUCUUAUAGUAAAAGACUGAAUUAUUUAUUUGGAGUUCAAAGAGAUUAUUAAGUCUAGGUUUUUAAAAUUUUUAUUAUAUUUUUUGGGGCUGGGGAUUUAGCUCAGCGGCAUAAGCACCUGCCUUGCAAGCAGGCGGUCGUGAGUUCAAUCCCUGAUACUGAUAAAAAUGAAAAAGACAAAAAAAAAAUUUAUUUUAUUUUUUAGUACCAGGGGUUGAACUUGACCUUGCGCUUGCCAGGCAGGUGCUGUGCUGCUGAGCUAUAUCCCCGGUGCAAGCCUAGUUGUUUUAUAAAAUCAUCUUUUGAAGUGAGAGCUUUUACAAGUACCAGGGUUAUUCCUUUGCAAUUCCAUGGGCUUGGGGUUUGUGAACUCCUGCAGUUACUUUUUAUGUAGAAUACUUUGUCAGGAAAAAAUUGAUUAAAUUUCUUAAAGGUUCUACGAACAAACAAAAAAUACUUUUUGUAUGAUAGUAGUGUCUUAAUAGGAAUAAUGUAUUUUACAUAUCAUAGAUUUCCUUAUAUUCAGUUUUUUUCUUAAAUGAAUCUUGGAGAGAGUUUUCCUUUUGCAUUUUCUCUUUCCUGUUGAGCGUAAUUUCCAGUACCCUUUUCUUUAUAAUCCUAUGAAUGAAUAAAAAAUUUUAGGAAAUAAAGGAAAUAAAAUUCUUUUUAGGGUACCUUUAGAAUAGUUUGAUUUGUUAUGACUCAAGACUAAUAAAAAGUUUAGUUUUCUAAUAAAUUAAAUCCUCUCUUAUUCAGAAAAAGAUUUGUUUUAGGUAAAUAACACUAAAAUCAAUUGGUGUAUGGCUGGGGCUUUAGCUCAGUGGCCUAAGUGCCUGCCUGGCAAGCAUCUGCCUGGCAAGCGUGAGGUCAUGAGUUUGAUCCCUGGCACCAAAACCUGCUUGCAAGGCAGGCACUUAUGCCACUGAGCUAAAUCCCCAGCCCCCGAAAUUUCCUUUGCUGAGUUCAGGAAUUUAUGUUAGAAAAAUUAUCUCGUAGGCCAAUGUAGUGGCCCAUAUCUGUAAUUCCAGUAUCCUGGGAGGAUCCUCCCAGGAUCUGUAAUCCUCCCAGGAUACUGGAAGACAGGAGGAUUACAAGUCCAAGCCCUGCCUGGGCAAUUUGAUGAUUUAACAAAAUCUUUACAAAGUAAAGAAAAGGCUUGAGAUGUAGCUCAUUGAGAGCCUUGGGUUCAAGCCCCACUACCACCAUGAAAAACAAAGUCAGCAAGUCAGUAGAGACACUACACUUCAUGAGAGGGAGGUGUUGCCCGUGGCAGGUUUGCUGCUGCCAUUUUUCUCACUUGCAGUGUUGGGCUGUACCGUGAUGCCAGAGCCAUCUCCUGUGGUCUGUGUUUACAGCAGAGCCUGCAUGACUGGGUUCGUGGCCUGCUUGUAUUUAACAUACUGAUUUUGAAAGGCAACUAUUUAACAUACUGAUUUUGAAAGGCAACUUUUCUUUUUUUUUUUUCAUUACUGAGAAUUGACUUCAGGACCUAAUGCUUUCUGGGCAGGCACUUAUGCCUCUGAACUGUAUCCUCGGCACUGAGGCAACUCUUUAUGAAUCAAAACUUUGUAAGGGAUUUAGGGAUUUAGCUUGGAUACUUGGGCAGGAGGUUCAUACACUCAAGGCCAGCCUGGGAUCGCACAGCAAGUUCAAGGCAAUAUAGACCAGUGAGACACAGACUCAGAAUACAGAACACAAAACAAAAAGAAUGUAUUUUAAUCGAGGUAAUUAGCUCCUUUCAUAUCUUUAUAAAAUGUGUUGCCUUUAUCGCCUUUCCUUUGUAAAGAUAAAAGCAAACUAUAUGAAAUGUAAAUGUAAUAUAUAUAACACAGUGGUGUGUGUGUGUGUGUGUGUGUGUGUGUGUGUGUGUGUAUCUAAAGAUGUUAGCUGUCUACAAUACAUGGAUCUAUUUUGUUUUAUUUUGUUUUGUUUUUGUACCAGGGAUCGAACUCAUACUUGCAAAGCAGGUGCUUAUGCCGCUGAGCUAAAUCCCCUGCUAAUAAUUCUUAAAUAAAUUCUUUCAGGGCUGUUUUGUUUUGUUUUUGUCUUUUUUGAGACAGAGUCUCUAUGCAGUCUCUAGGCUAGCCUUGAGCUCACUUUGUAGCCCAGGUUGGUCUCAAACUCACAACUAUCCUCCUGCCUCAGCCUUCUGAGUGCUGGGAUUCCAGGCAUGAGCCACCACGCCUAGCUCAUAGGUUCUUAAAUAUGUCUUUAGGAUAGUUUUUGAGUGGGAUAUAAGAAAUGCACUAUGUUUUUGCUUUCAAAUCUAAUCUGUCUUCAUUUUCAAGCUAGACUCAUAGUUUGCCCUAAAAUAUUCUCAUCAACAAUUGUUCUUUCCCAAUAACUGAGCACUCUUUAUUUUUAACACAAAUAUCCAUCCUCAAUAUUCUUUUUUCCUAAUUCAUAUAUGCAUCAUAUAUACUGAGUAGUCUGUUUCAAACUUGAUCUUACCUGUAACAUUGUUCUCUGGAGUUUUCCUGGAUUAGUCAGAAUUGUAAUAGUGUUUUUCCUGAUGCCAUUAGACAACAGUGUAGGGUUACCAGUGGGUUUUUAUGUGUGUGUGGUUUCUGUUAUGUUUUGCUGUUUUUUGUUUUGAGACAGGCUCUCACUAUGUAAUUAAAGCUGGCCUCAAACUUGCAGCCACCCUCAUGCCUCAGCCCAAAUGCUAUUAUAGGCAGCACCAUUAUAUCUCGUUUGUUUUGUUUUAUUGUAUUUUUUGAGACAGGUUAUCUCUAUAUAGUCCAUGCUGGCCUUGAACUCAUUGGGUAGCCUACGCUGCCUUGGAACUCCUGGUGGUUGUCCUGCCUCAGCCUUCGCAUAGGCCAGUGGUUCCUAAUUAGAUUGCAGAUCAGUCUUGUCCAUGGAGUUUGGUGAAUAUCCAUUGUCAGGUGUAAUAAUGCAUCCCUGCAAUCCCAGCUAUUUGGGAAGCUGAGGCAGGAGGAUCUAAAGUUGAAGGACAGCCUGGGCAGCUGAACAAGGUUCUAUUUCUAAAGGACUAGCAAUAGAACUCACUGAUUCAGUGCUUGCCAAGCAUACUCAAAGUCCCAGAUUCAGUCCCCAGUACUGAGAAUAAUGUGAGCAUAUGUGUGUGUGUGUGUGUGUGUGUGUGUGUGCACACAUGCACACAUGAACUACCUACACAUAAUUUCUAAGCAGUACUUCGUGUUUUAGGAGAAAAAAAUCUCUACUUGAUAUUCUUGGUAUAAAAAGUAUCUCAGGCUAGGGAUUUAGCUUUGUGGCAUAAGCGCCUGCCUGGCAAGCGUGAGGUGGUAAGUUCCAUCCCUGGUACCAAAAAAAAAAAAAAAAAGUAUCUCAGGAUUAUACAUCUUAAAAUAUUUUCCACCAUAAGAAUUAAGUCCAUGGUUUUGUGUCUGUGUAGAAUCCAGGUCUAAUAUUAGACUUAUUUGACAAUAGUGUUAUUAUCCUGAGAAACAUUUUGGGCUUCGCUUAGAAUUGCCUUAUUUUUGUUGCCAUGUACAGGAACAACCAAAUCUUCUUUACAACUGCAUUAUUCUUAUGAACUCCUUAGAACCUUUCUUAGGUAGAAAUAGCAAUUUGUCUCCAAAAAAGCAUCUGUUUGGUAACAUUAGUUCCUAAUAACUAUCAAUGAAUAUUUUAUAUACCUCAAUUAGGUAACAUAAGAACCUUGUAAAUCCAAGUAUGGUGGUGCAUGCCUGUCCCACCCCAUGGAGGCCAGCCUGAACAAUAUAGUGACAUCCUGUCUAAAAAAAAAAAAAAAAAGUGGCUUCCAUAAAAGUGGCUUCAUUGGGUUUAUUAUCAAAUGCUUUUCUGGUAGAUUGAAGUAAUUCGCCGAGCAUGGUGAUGUACUCCUGUAAUUCUAGCACUAGGCAGCACUAGACUAAGGCAGGAGGAUUGUUGCAAGUUAUAAGGUACCAACCUGGGCUACAAAGUAAGCCCAAUGCCAGCCUAAACUGCAUAAUAAGAUCCGGUCUCAAAAAAAUAGAUUGUAGUAAUUCAUCAGACACAGAUUGUCCUACUGGGAUUUUUUAUUUGUGGAUGGCUUCCAAACACCUUGUGGAAUUUGUACAUACGAAGCCAAUGAUGUUAGUGAUAAGAUGCAAAUUCAGUAAUACUUAUCUUCUCAGCAAAAGAACAAGUAUGAGGUCACUAAUUCAACAUUUUCAUGGUAUAAUUUUCAUAUCUUAGAAACAAUUUUGCUAAUGACCAUAAAAAUAAUAAUAACAUAAUUUAGUCACUUGAAAGACUACUUACCCAAAGCAUGGUGACAAUCCCAGCUACUCAGGAGGCCGAGGCAUGAGUAUCAUUUGAGCUCAAGCAUUGGAGAUCAACCUGGAAAUUAUACCAACACCCUGACUCAAAAAAAAAAAAAAUUGUGUGUGUGUGUGUGUGUGUGUGUGUGUGUGUGUGUGUGUAUUUCAAAGUUUACUGUUAAUUAAAAUGAGUGUGUAUGUUUCCAUUCAUUUAAAUUUAUUUAUUGAUAUUUUUGAGUACACCAAAUGAUUAACUGCUUAUAAUGCUAUUAUAAAUGGAACAUUGUAAUGUGAGACUAAGAGGAGUUAGAAUUUAGCUGAGAUCAAAAGCUUUUACUGAUUAAAAUACAAACUCUUAAUACUUCUCCCAGUUUUUUAAAAUCUGAUUUUGGUAAUUUGUUUCAACUUAAGGUGUUUUCAAAUUAAAGGUUCUCUGAUAGGGUCCUACCUAGUCAACUUUAAAAUGCUGGUUUUGAUGUUCUUUCUUUUGGUAACAUUUCCCACACUAAAUAAUGUGUUUUAACAUUUAGUGCGCUCAGCAUACAAAUUCAUGGUGGCUACUCUUGUAUUUUGAAGGGAAAAAACCUUAUCAUAACAGACAUAAUUAUUUUGUUCUUCAGAAGCUAACAGAAAUAAAUGGAGACACGCCAGGAGGCACAUUUAACUGAAAAGUACUUUGGCCAAUUGGUCUCUUAUUUAAGGGUUACAAAAAUAAGAUUAUUUCUUCUCUUGGAAAUUUUAUUACUUAGGUAAAUUUUUAGUGACUUCAUUAUAAUGGUUUCUACGCUUCUCCCAAAAUUGUGGUAUGUUACAAUAGAUCUCACUCUUAGAAGAUCUUUUCAGACUGUUCUUUCCUGUCCUGCUUUUUUUGUAACAACUGAUUCGUAAACACUAUCACCAAACAUUUCUGUUUAUCAUUAGCUUCACAUAAGAGAACUUGUUAGAAAACUGCAUGUCUGCUAUGUUCUGUUCAGAUACUCGGCUUUCCUUCCCCCAACUGCCUGAUAAUUUAUACACUUCGUGGGAAAAAAUUAGAAGUAAUCAGAUAUCUGGCCAUUUUCUGUGGGAUUCAUUGCUAUAGAAGAGAAUCCAUUGAAUCAGAACAGCAUUGAGCAUAUCUGACUAAUCUCUUGCCAGUUUUUCUGGGACCCAGACCACAUUUUUGAUGGAGGGUGGCGUGUCUUGAAUAUAUGUGUCACAUAGUUCAGAAUGGUUAGCUGCACAGAGAACUGUCAAAAUAUUUGGAAAUUGUGCUGCUGCUUAAAUAUUUAAGGAAUUCAAAAAAAGUUGUAUAUGUAUCCUUAAAUGUUCCUUUUCAUGUAUUCUACUAGAAUUGACCAUGAAAGAGAGUAUUAAAACUUACUUAUAUCAAACCAUUGACUGUGCAAACUGAUUUGUUGGGUAUUUGUAUAACAACAAAGGUUUUAAAAUUAAGCAAGUUUUUAGACUUACAGAUGUGUAAAUAAUCUUAAUUAGUAUUCUCAUAAGGAAGAUACUGUUAGCUUGGUGCAAUACAUUCUUCAUUCUUUUAAAUUUAAAUGGAUGUAUGUUUUGUUACAUGAAGUGGUGUUUUAAAAAUAAUGUGUGUAUAUGAAGUUAAUGUUUGAUUUGUUUUCUAUAAUAUGAUUGAAAAUACCUGAAAAUUUUGCACUUUUUUAAUACCUUGGAAAUUUAUAUUCUAAACGUUUUUAAGAAUGUAUUUUGUUUGUACAUAAUAAAUUACCUUCAUAUAUAAAAAUGAAAUUGAAUAAAAUAAAAAGAUAAUAUUA